GAUACCUCUAGGUCCUCAACAUUAAUCCAGAAGAAGGCCUGAGGAAUCCAAAAACAGUAUAGAAUGUCAGGUCUUUAUUUCGCUUCCUCGCUCAGAUCAGUGAGCAAGACUAUGGAUGAGGAGUCCGAGGACAGCCCAGGACCCGAGCCUCAGGACCAAACUCGC